AUGGACAUUGACACCACUCUAGCGCAGGAUUAUUUGAAAAAAGAUCAUUUUUUAAAUAUAGAACAAACCAAUGAAGCUAUUUAUUUUGAUGGCAUGGAUCUCCUUACAUCAUUUGACUACACUCUGGAUCAAGAAUAUCCAGAAAUAUCACGUAACCUUCAGCAUCUAGCCCUUCUAUUGAAGGAAAACCAAAACCUAUUUGCGCAACUAGAGUAUUUGAAUAGAGAAAUUCCAAUAGAAGACACAAAAGCACAACUCAAUCUGAUCAUUCAACAGUUAUAUUAUCUGUCAUCCUGCAAUGUCAAUAACAUUCCUAAAACAAGCACUACUGAUGUUAUACGUAUGUUAAAUUAUUCACAUUUUCCAAUGAGCCGAGAGACACCACUACUUCAUUUGGGAUUCGUGGUCAGGGCGUGUGUGUAUUUAAUUGACAUUCACAGCAUACCUUCCAUAGCCGCCAGCAAAGAAACUGCAGAGGUAUGUUACCUCUUCACAACACUGUGUAAUGAUGCAGGCUUGGCAGUGGUAACAGAGUUUGGCGGUAAUGCUAUGGAACACCAUGCUGGAAAGGAAGCCCUUGGUGCCAUUGGCGUAAUAUCUGAAUGUUCAGAUGUGGAUUCUGCCGUCGACGUGUUUCUGAAAUCAUCUAAGGAGGUACCGUGGAGGUUAAGAAGAAUUCUGGUACAAGAAAAUGUUUACAAGCAAUUUAAGGACGCCCUUACUUGGAAGUGUAAUUUAAAUAUAACUGGGAAAGGUAAAAAUACCCAGUCGACAUCUGACAUUUUGCAUUUUAAUAAUCGAGUAUUUCUUAUAGAUGCUUUAGACAUCACAGAUCCAAAGCCAUCCGAAGUGAUCGUUGAAGCGUACAGAACGAGAAAAGAAUUGCUUUCGUUUUUAAAUAAAUACCGACCUCAUUACGUAUCGCUAUGGGCCAAUGAUAUUGCUGAAAUUAACGAAGUAGCUCACAGUAUACCCUCACAAGUGGUGUGGGUAAAUAACUUUGCGGAUUUCCGAGGUCCACCAAAAAUAUCGGAUGCCAUUUAUUCGGCCAGGUCAUUGUAUCUGAAUUGUUAUGAACAUCUGUCCGAAACAGAAAUAUUUGAAGUGUUAGAACUUCAAAAGUCUUGGCUUAAACUGGAUAGCCACGUCCGUUAUGAAGUUCUGUCUGAAAAAUUGGACGAUAUCUCGUCAAGCAAUAAUUUUUAUAGUGACAUAAGAAAUUAUUUACGUAGGGCACAGCUAUACUCGUGUGGUACUUUUGUAGACGUUGGCAAAGAUUAUGUCUGCCAAGGUGUACCUGUUCCAUCAGACAUGAUACAUUUGUGUUUAACCAGCACCAACUUUAUCAAUGAAGCAUUUUUCAGAUCACUUAUACGUGGUAACGCAUUUAUUUUUAAAAGUGUCACUCCUGAAAUUUCUUUACUGAUUAAAUCACUGAAGAAGGCCGGCUUACCAGUUUCAGCAGAGUCAUGGCAGUCAGAUAGUGGUCCAAAGAAUUAUAAAUAUACCUCAUGUCAUUUAUGUAAUACAAUAUUUGAUUUCGAUCAAGGGACCAGAGUUAUUUGGACCAAUUCAGGAACUAUUUUUGCUAACUAA